UGUAGCUAGACAUAAUCUGAGAGUGGAUGUCAAUAAUGGACCUAUAAUGGGCCUAAGCCCAUUAGCUAAAGAAAAAAAGUUGGGGGAAGACCUUUGAAACGUCGUCGUUUGAUAAAGCUGAGUUUUUUUUUUGACGUGACGUCAAACCUUUCUUCCUCGCUACAGACGAAAGGUACUCUCUCCCGUCAAGUUAGGGUUUCGAAACCCUAAUUUCCCCAAAAUCUUUCAUUGCCAUGACUGCAACGUCGACGUCGUCAUCGACGGCGACUUCUCUUCCGGUGAGCUGCGGCGAAUGCGGUACGAAAAACCCGUGGAUCACGCACACCGUCCGCCUCCGGAGCGCCUUGCGCGUACUCUGCACGGACUGCGUCCUCCGGAACUACCCGACUUCGUUUUGUCCUUCCUGCUUCGCCUUCUACGACUCCUCUCCGCCGCAUCCCUCACGCCGGAUCUCCUGCUUCAAGUGCUUAUCCUUGACCCACUCCCAGUGCGCUGCCGACGCCAAACCACCCUCGUACCUGUGUCCGCCGUGUCGGAAUCCCACAUCGUUCUCUUUCUUUGAUCUUUCCGUUCGCAGCGACGGGGUCCGAUUCAUCGACAAACGACUCGCCGACAUCCUCCUCUGCGCCGCCAAAAUCGCCGCCGCGUCGAUGACAAAGGCUGUCUCCGCCGCGAGGUGCGAUGCAGACCGGAGGGCGCGUGAGGCGGCGUUGGCGAGGAAGAGAGCUCGUGAGGCUCUCGAGCAUGUGGUGAUGCUCGCCGGGAAAGAGAGAGCGAGGGCCGUUGUUCCACGGCUCAAGGAAGCCUCCGUCGAGCUCUCUGGCUCGGCCGCGAAUCGGUCAGCGUCGGCUGCUGAUGUGAAACCCAAACCGAGUCCGAUCGCGUCGGCGAAGAACGCUAACGGGGCUGUGAAAGAGGCAGAAAGCUCUGCCAUUGCUACGAAUCCGGGUCAGUCCAAGAACAAUGGAGAUACAACGAAGCGGAUUUCUCAGAUUGGUAGUGUCAAGCAGGAGGCUGAUGCAUCCAAGUGACAUGGGUUUGAUCUCAAAAGAGGUAAAAGGCUCUUGUUCUUGUGGUUUGUCUGAAGAAUGAAGCAAAGGCCAUGGCUUUUCAAAUGCAACUGUCUCUGAUAAUAAUGACGACACCACUGUUUGGUCUCGAUGGGAUUGAGGAUUCAUUGGUAAGGCAAGAUUCUGAUUCAGAGUGGCGAUCUUUGUUUCACUUUUGGUCGUUUGACUGUGUUAUUGUUAGGGAUCGAUGGAGUUGUGUAGUUGAUUGAUGUUGCUCUGUGUGUCAGAGAAACAACACCUGUACUGUACCAUAAUCUGCAUGUUAGGGAGAGUUUCUGGAUUUGGCAAAUCUGAAUCCGAAGUAUUGUGAAUUCUGAUUCAUGUAUGGGCAAAAAAAAAUGGUAUGAAUAGUGUUCCUUCUUACAA